ACACAGUCCAGAGUAAAUAAAACAACAUAACUAGAUCUUCGUCAAUGCACUUGACUUUGGCUGGACAAACCUAAAUUACGACAUCGCAAUAAUUCUAAGAUGGCAACCGGCGACAAAUGGGCUCCUCGCUCAAAUCGAAGUCUAAACAAUGAUGUGAUAGAUGUUCUGGGUGAUUUGCGGAUUGUUUUAGUUGGUACAACUGGUACAGGCAAAAGCGCCACAGGGAACACAUUGAUUGGGGAGAAGGUAUUUAAAUCCUCAUCAAGCCGUGAAUCUGUUACUAAGGAAUGCAGUGUUGACGAAAUAGAAAGAUUUGGCAAUAAGCUAGUGGUAGUUGACACACCGGGGAUUUUUGACACUACUAUGAAGGAAGAAGAAUUGAAGAUUCAGCUGAUGGAAUGUACUUAUCUAGCCUGUCCCGGAGUCCACGCUUUCCUCUUUUUGAUGAAAAUAGGACAAAGGAACAUAGCGAACAAAGACGGGGAAGCAUUUCAUUUGAUAAAGAAGUUGCUUGGUGAAGAAUUUCUUUCACAUGCAAUUGUUGUUUUUACUGGUAAAGAAACACUCGACGAAGAUGGCGAUGAUGUCGAAGAGUAUAUUUCUAACCUUUCAGAUGACUGUAAAAAGUUCAUAAAGUCAUGUAAAGGGGGUGUUGUUGCUAUUUCAAACACGAGUCGGAAUGCUGAAAAGGAAAAAUCGGCCGAGCAGAUUAUUGACAAGGUCAAAAAACUUGUCAAACAAAAUGGUGGAAGGAGCAAGUAUUACAAAAACGCAUUGUUUGAUCAGAAAAAUAACGAGAUCAACAAAAGAAUGGAACAAAUUCUGAAUGAAAACCACAAAAUCCAAAACAAAAUUAACCGGGCCCACGAAGAAUUGGAAUCUUUAAAAAGGAAAAGUAAAGAUGGAAAGCCAACAGAACAACAAUACAAAGAGCAACAAAAACUUAAGAGACAAAUUGUUGACCUUCGGAACGCACUUGUUGAAAGAAAAAAAUGGCGAUUAAUAGCUAAUGACAAAAUGAAAUAUGAAAAAAGGAAAGAGAUCCUUGUUGGCGUCGCUAAAGUUGCAGGCGGGGCCGCUGUAUGUGCUGGUGUACUGGCAGUGGGCCCAACAACAGUCGUUACCGGAGUCAUUGCUGCUGUAACUCAACUGAAAAAAUGAUUUGUUCAUUUUGAAGACUUCAUAAUCUAAAAAACAUUUACCAACAAUUCGUUAGAUGACAUAAACAUCAACAAUAUCCUAAACCACAACUCUGGAGAAGUUUACAUUCCACCUUGCUUCAUAUCGUUUAUUCCUCAUCGGCUUAAAAUCAAGGACACUGCUUGUUUUAAUUGGAAUGUCGCACAAAACUUCCUCUUAUAAUAACCAUUAAGCAGCGAGUAAACGGAAUAAUAUCUAUCAAUGUUAGUGUGUAACGCAUUAUUCAUUUAUUAGCAAUAAAAUGAAUAACUUGAUGUAAAUAAAAGAAAUAUUCAGUUUAUAAACUGCUUAUUCAUAAC